AUUUUGAUUUUGGUCAAGUGAUAGCCAGUGCCGGAGGUUUAGGUAGGUAGGUAGCUAUGGCCAACCUAUUAACAAAAGCUUAGCCAUACCUUACUUAGUCUUCUUUGCAACCUACAUCUCAGAAACAUUUCCCCUACAACUAACUCGGGCUUCAAUUCUUCAUUCCCUUAUUUAAAUCCAAUUAUCUUAUCCAUAACAACCCUCCACCGUUUGGCCUAACAAUAUGGGGCAGAUGCAAAGUAUCACUAUGAGGCGACAUCAACGGUUGCCUCCUCCAACAUUACCAGACAAUGCUGGGUCGGCUUUCAUGAAUCUGCCACUGGAUAUAAUUCACUUGAUAUACAAUUCAUUCUUAGACCCAAUAUCAACACUAACCCUUACUCUGACAUGUAAAGACAUGUUCGCCGUAAUACCAAUCAAAUCGCUGCCAAGACUAGACCAACCUGACCUGAAAGAAUUCCUACUCCUCCUCGAGAAAGAUAUGAAUGGUCCACGGCCGAGUUACUUUUGCCAUACCUGCACGCGUCUACAUUACCUCGACGACACCCGCGGGGACGAAACCAUAUUCGACUAUAACCACGUUAUAAAAUCAAAUAAAGGUUGCUCUAAUAACCUAUGGCUUAGUGGCAAUGAUUUCACCAUCGGAUACCACCAUAUCCGCCUCGUCAUGAAUCGGCACUAUUACGGCGCACCUGGAGGCUUGGCGUUGAGCGUAUUUGACGUCGUAAACCGGUCGAGUUACCGCCAGUCGCGUCAGUUUCGGAAAUGGUCGGCAAGGAUUAUAGAUGACGAGCUUUUCCUAUCUUCUACGCACAAGAUCCGCUUCCUUGGUGCGGAGGGGGACUUUCGAGACCUCCUUGACCGGAGGGAGUACCAGAUAUGUACGCAUACUUGGACAAUGAAGCGUGGGGUUGGGUUCAAGGAAGAGGAAGAGGCGGAGAAGCUUCCUAAGUCUCUCCUAAGGCUUCAGGAUGCUUACGACCAGAGGGUGCGGACGGGCGGCGGCGAUCCUACAAUUCGAUGUUACUGGUACAACCCUCCAUGGGGCCCCAGCCGCACUGUCAACUCCUUUAGGCUCGAGAAAAGCACAAGUUCUAUGCUACAACCCAAGCUUUUAAGGCAGUGUCGGGACGUCCUCGGGUCGUGCAUCUUCUGUGCUACCGAUUACACAACGACUCUCGAGAAAAGAAAUGUCGGACAUUGGUGGGAACGUGGGCAGGAAGAAUGGGUCCUAACCAUCGUCACCUAUCAUCAGCUGGGACAAGGUCUAACGUCAGCUGAUCCAAAAUGGAAAGCGUUUUUGACAACAUAUUCGAGCUAUGCUGAGCCUUUCCGCGAGACAUUGGGAUCUUUACCUAGGAGCGUGAAGAAAAAGUGGGAUGAGUCUAUUUCAUGCGGCACUGCUGAGUGAACACUUCAUCGAUAACGCUGGAGUAUGCUCUGCUGGAGAGAUAUUCCCAACCGGUAGUUGGGUAGGGGUUACCUUAGCUUAAGCACUCGACCUAUUUGAUUUGUUUGUUUUUACAUAGCGGUACUUGACUUAAGUCAAGGGAUGGAUGCAUGUAGAUCCUUAACAGCC